ACGAAGGAGGAAUACAUGACCCAAGCACAGAGAGAGGAAGCUGUCCGAGCCUGCAAAGUCUGGAGAAGGGAUUUCACCAUGGAAGGGCAGAGGCUGUCAUCCUAUGGGAGACGCUUUGGCUCACAAACCAGCUCUGUCCACCACGCUCUGAGGUUCUCGCCAGGCCGCAGGUACAUGCCUUCAAGUGCCACCAGCCGGGUCUCUGUCACCAAACUGAAGACUGCCAGCCUCAGUUUUCGUGCUGGCCCCAAGUUCUCCUCAGACAAAGUGGAUUUUUCCUUGGCUGAUGCCCUCAACACUGAGUUCAAGGAGACCCGCACCAACGAGAAGGUGGAGAUGAUGGAGCUGAAUGACCGUUUCGCCAGCUACAUUGAGAAGGUCCGUUUCCUUGAGCAGCAGAACAAGGUUCUGGUAACUGAGCUCAACCAAAUCCGAGAUAAGGAGCCCACCAAGUUGGCUGAUAUCUACCAGGAGGAGCUAAGAGAUCUACGCCACCAAGUAGACCAACUUUCCAACUCUAAGGCCCGGCUGGAGAUUGAGAGGGACAACCUGCUGGAGGACCUCAACAAUCUUCGGCAAAAGUUACAAGAUGAGAUUAAUCUGCGCCUUGAAGCUGAGAACAAUUUAUCUUCCUACCGACAGGAUGUUGAUGAUGCUGCAUUAGCCCGGAUAGACCUGGAACGCAAAAUUGAAUCUCUGCAAGAGGAGAUCAACUUCCUAAAGAAGAUUCAUGAUGAGGAGCUGCGGGAGCUGCAAGAACAACUGCAGCAGCAGCAGGUCCACAUCGAGAUGGACAUGUCUAAGCCGGACCUGACAUCAGCCCUACGUGAGAUUCGCAUCCAAUAUGAGUCCAUGGCCUCAAACAACAUGCAUGAGACUGAGGAAUGGUACAAAUCUAAGUUUGCGGACCUGACCGAUGCAGCAGCACGAAACAUUGAGGCUCUGCGUUUAGCCAAACAGGAGGCCAAUGAGUACCGCCGACAACUGCAGGCCCUCACUUGCGAUUUGGAGUCCUUGAGAGGAUCGAAUGAAUCUCUGGAGAGGCAGCUGAGGGAGAUGGAAGACCGCUAUGCCCUUGAGACUACCAGCUAUCAGGACACAGUGAUUCGACUGGAAGAAGAUGCCCGGGGCCUCAAAGAAGAAAUGGCCCGUCACCUCCAGGAAUACCAGGACCUCCUCAAUGUCAAAUUGGCAUUAGACAUUGAGAUUGCAACUUACCGCAAACUUCUGGAAGGAGAGGAGAGCAGGAUCACCAUUCCAGUGCAGACCUUCUCCAACCUUCAGAUCCGAGAAACCAGCUUGGAUACAAAAUCUGUUUCUGAGGCUCAUCUGAAGAGGAGUAUUGUGGUCAAAACAGUGGAGACAAGAGAUGGAGAGGUGAUCAAGGAGUCAACCCAGGAGCACAAAGAAGCGUGAAGCCUGAGGCCAUGAAGUAAAGGCGACACUAAGAGAGCAUAUGAAGACACUUGUAUCCGUAGAAUGCUAGGAAAGCUUCACUUUUUUCUGAUGCUCGAUUGCCAUGGUCCCAAUGUAGCUCCAGCCAAGCCGCAACCACGUGCAACAUGUCUUUGCUAAGGGAACCAGCAAGGGGUGUGAAACAUCUGCAAAUCUAACUAUUAUCGCAUUACAAUAACCAGCUGCCCAUCAGGUCUCAGUAGAAUAUAAUUAUCAGCCCCAUAGUAUAUAGGUUUUGGCUAUAUUCCUGCAUCUCAUCUUUUCUGUGUCAAUCACAGAAUCCAACAGGUAUGUGGUUUAAACCAAGCUGUACCUUUGUUGAGAUUUUAUCUUGAUCUUAACGCCUAAAUCUAAUGCUUCUCAAUAAAGCUGCUAAUGAAUAGGACCCAUUUUACUCAUAAUAAAGAACACAUGAUGUGUGUAACAGAGAAAGAUGUUGAACCAGAGAUACGGAUAACCUAUCUUACUGAAAAUACAAUCAUUAGCUCAAGCAGUUCCAUAGUAACUCAUGAGGACUAGUGCACAAAAGGAAUUUGUUCAUCUGAGGCCACCCAUUCCAGCUUGUUGUGGCUUAGAUUUGAAAUCCUCUCCCUUCUCCCAUUUCUUUUUUUUUCUGGCAAGGAAUCCAUGUGUUUAAGAAAUGUAUGAAAUCCACCAUGGGUAUGCAUCUAACACAAGUCAGUAGUUGAAUGGUAAACAUUUAAUUUUUACUUGUGACACAGCUGUUAAACAAAGCAAACCAUGUAUGUGUGGCUUCCAGAGCUAGUACCUUGUAGAUCAUAGAGGGAAAUGAAAAAAGGUUUCUGCCUGCUUCCUCUAAGGGGUGGGGUUUUUUUUAAUGGUUAAAGGCUAGCUUGCAAUUAAGGCUUGGCUUUAUGAUGGAUUACAUUUCACUAUGUAUGCCAUAUCAGACACAUUUAGAAUUGGAAAUGAAUUCUAGCUCUAGACUGUUCCUUGCCUUUCUUUGUAGCACUUAAGUCCUCUCCUCACUCUCAUCUGAGGGCCCUUCCACACAGCCAUAUAACCCAGAAUAUCAAGGCAGAAAAUCCACAAUAUCUGCUUUGAACUGUGUUAUUUGAGUCCACACUUCCAUAUAACCUAGUUCAAAGCAGAUAAUGUGGGAUUUUAUACAGGUAUGUGGAAGGGGCCUGAGAGACCAUUAUAUCAAAGUCACUCUGCAGCAGGACUGAUGUCUAGAUGGUUGUUCCUUGUCUUACUGCUUUGGAUUUAAAUAUGUAUUACUUUUUGAUAUUCUAUUUUUAUCCUAUGUUUACUUCAAGGGGAUCCCUGGUGGCACAGUGGGUUAAACCGCUGAGCUUGCUGACCGAAAGGUUGGCGGUUCGAAUUUGUGAGGCAGAGUGAGCUCCCACUAUUAGCCCCAGCUUCUGCCUACCUAGUAGUUUGAAAACAUGCAAAUGUGAGUAGAUCAAUAGGUAUCGCUUCUGUGGGAAGGUAACGGUGCUCCAUGCAGUCAUGCUGGCCACAUGACCUUGGAGGUGUCUAUGGACAACGCCGACUCUUCAGCUUAGCAAUGGAGAUGAACACCAAAUCCCAGAGUCAGACACGACUAGACUUAAUGUCAGGGGAAACUUUUACCUAUUACCUUCCUUCAAGGAGAUAAAGGUGAUGGAUGUUGUUCUGUCUACUCACCACAAAUUAAGUUCAGCUGAGAGAUUAGUGAGUGGCCAAAGCAAAUGUAUGAGAAUGUCAAGUGGGGAUUUGAACCUAGUCCUAGACUAACACAGCAACCAGUACUGAUAGUCAGUGCUUUAUGCAGUGCAUGUAAUAAGACCCAGGGCAGAUUAAUAUAACUUUCUGCAGAACAACCAUAUGACUGCCAAGGUGUACAGCCCCCAUAUACAUGGGAGAUAUAUUCCUAGACUUUGCAUGAAUAUGCAAAACUACAGAUAAUAGUGAAAUAAAGGAUCUCCAGCCCAAGAAUAUUGUAGUUAUGUUGUAGGACCUAGAAAAUGCCUAGAGGGGUGUUGGGAUGCGCUGUCGUGUCCCUCUAUUACAGUGUUCUUAACCUAUAGGUCUCCAGAUGUGUUGACCUUCAACUCCCAGAAUUCCUAACAGCUGGUAAACUGGCUGGGAUUUCUGGGAGUUGUGGGUCAAAACACCUGGAGACCCACAGGUUGAGAACUACUGCUGUAUUACCACAUGGUCCAAAACCACCAUGGUCCUUUUUUCCAAUCAAACACUGGAGGCAAGGAGAUAAUUCAACAAGUUUAUUUGACCAAAUCACCCUGCCAGGCGAGCGAGAAAAGUACCACAAAUAACUGAGAUGCAGCUCAGUUUUAUAGUCGACAGGUUGAACAUGCACACAGGCUAUUUUCAGGCUAUUUUCUCUUAUUUGUGCCUCAUCUCUAUCUCUUCCUUUUGUUCCCUUCUGGUGCUAGCUCUUACCAGUAUUCAUGCACCUGCUUUUCUUCAGUAGCCGAUUCCCCCCUCCUACCUCCUUCCCCCUCUUGUGCCUGCUUGUUACUAGACUUUUUAAUAAUAAUAACAUAAACAUAAUAAACUUUAUUUGUAUCCUGCCCUGUCUCCCUGUGGGGGAUUCAGGGUGGUUUCCAACAAAAGAGGGAAAUAACACUAAACAUUAUACAACAAAUUAAAAUACGCAAUUUACAUCCAAUAAAAACGAUUAAAUUUUCCUCUUGAACUUUC